AGUCGACGAAGCGAGCGAGCAGGCGAGACGAGAUCCAUUCCCUCCGCCGCUGCGCCUCAGCUGAGAGCCCUCGAACCCUAGCCAGCGAGGCGAGCUCAGCCAUGGCGCGGUCCCUCGCGCUCGUCGCCUUUCUCCUCCUCGGCCUCGCCGCCGCCACCGCCUCCGCGGCCGACGCGCCCUUCGUCGUCGCGCACAAGAAGGUGUCGCUCUCCCGCCCCAAGCCCGGCGUCGAGCGCGUCGCCGUCUCCCUCGAACUCUACAACCAGGGAUCCGCGACUGCCUAUGAUGUGACCAUUAAUGAUGACUCUUGGCCAACAGAAGCAUUUGAGCUUGUCACUGGAGAGAAAUCGAAGACAUUGGAAAGACUUGACCCUGGUGCCACUGCUUCACACACAUUUGUCCUGGAGACCAAAACACAGGGCAGGUUCCAGGGUUCACCAGCUGUUAUUACAUACCGUGUUCCCACCAAGACCGCUCUUCAGGAGGCCUACUCAACCCCCAUCUUCCCACUGGAUAUUCUUGCUGAGAGACCUCCAGAGAAGAAGUUUGAAUGGGCUAAGAGGCUUGUGGCGAAAUAUGGGUCACUGGUGUCUGUUGUCUCGUUCGUUGGUCUGUUUAUCUACCUGGUGGCGAGCCCGUCGAAGAGCAGCUCAAAAGCAAGCAAGAAGAGACGUUGAUCUACUCGUAGAUCGUUGUUGCCAGUGUAGCUGGCUGUUUUGCGUGGAGGAACUCUUGAUCGUUUGAGCUGAACGAAAGCUUUGAAGUUUAGAUUUACUCACCCCCACCAUGAGUUGUAACGAAAUAUGCACAUCGGUUAGCAAAGUGGACCUGUAAUUUUGGUUGGUUACUUGGUUUUUACUUCCAGUUUCAUUGUCAGUGACUUGACACAGAGGACCUGUAAUUAGGAAAGUUAAUUUUGCUUGAAAGAACAUUUGAUAUGAGGCCCGUGUGUGAAUUUGAGAGCAAAGCAGUUCUUGGGCA